AUGGGUUGCUCGGCGCUGCAGCUACCCCGCCACGCUGCGUCCUUAUCUCACCAGGUUUCCCUCGCCAGUCGUCAGUCCAAUUCCAUCCUGGCGACGACUUCAGGCUUGUCGACUGCCUACCGAGGGCUCUCAUCAUCAUUAUCGCGCACUUUCUGCACGUUCCCUGCUACUACUAGAUUGGCUGCUCGCCCGUCGAGACGACAAGAGCUGCUGCUGCUUGCCCGGAGCCCGUAUUCCACCAUCAAAAACAACAUGACGGGCACCAAGAUUGAUGGCAAUGCCAUCGCAAAGGAUAUUCGGGAGAAGCUGAAGGACGAGAUCACAACCUUGCAGGCUUCGAAUCCCAGGUUCCGGCCGAAUCUGGUCAUUUACCAAGUUGGUGACCGCUCGGACUCCAGCACAUAUGCCAAUAUUGUAUGCACCAUUACCAAGUUCCCAGACACCAUUACAGAGGCAGAGCUCCUCUUCGAGAUUGAAAAGUCCAACAACGACUCCGCCGUGCAUGGCAUCCUCGUCCAGCUCCCGCUUCCCAGUCACAUUUCCGAGCACACUGUCACCUCGGCCGUUUCGGACGCCAAAGAUGUCGACGGCUUUGGAGCUAUCAACAUCGGCGAGCUCGCCAAGCGAGGCGGCCGUCCCCUGUUUGUUCCCUGCACGCCCCAGGGUGUUAUGGAGCUUCUCCGAGUGAGCGGCGUUGACCCUUCUGGCAAGGACGCCGUGGUGUUGGGACGCAGCGACAUCGUUGGCAGCCCCGUCAGCUACCUGCUCAAGAGUGCCGAUGCCACUGUGACUGUCUGCCACUCCAAGACCAAGAACCUGACCGACAUUUUGAAGCGAGCGGAUAUUGUCGUCGCGGCCAUUGGACAGCCCGAGUUUAUCAAGGGCGACCAGCUCAAGCCCGGCGCUGUGGUCAUUGACGUUGGUACCAAUUACAUUCCCGAUGAAUCGAAAAAGUCCGGUCAACGACUUGUUGGAGACGUUCAUUUCGAGUCUGCUGUGGAAGUUGCAUCUCAGAUCACCCCUGUUCCUGGUGGCGUCGGUCCUAUGACUGUCGCUAUGCUCCUACGGAACGUGGUCAGCUCUGCCAAAGAGUACUUUGAGAAGCAAAAGGACCGCCACAUUAUUCCUCUGCCCAUCAAAUUGCAAACACCCGUUCCGUCAGACAUUGCCAUUUCUCGUGCACAGCACCCAAAGUCCAUCACUAAGCUCGCUUCUGAGAUUGGCAUCGCCGCUAAUGAACUAGAGCCAUACGGCCACACCAAGGCCAAGGUCAGUCUGUCUGUCUUGGACCGUCUUGCGCACCGUCGCAAUGGCCGCUAUAUCCUUGUCACGGGUAUCACGCCUACACCUUUGGGCGAAGGCAAGUCAACCACUACAAUGGGGUUGACUCAGGCUCUGGGAGCGCACUUGAACAGAAUCGUGUUCGCCAACGUGCGACAACCCAGUCAGGGCCCGACUUUCGGUAUCAAGGGAGGUGCCGCUGGUGGUGGUUACAGUCAGGUUAUUCCCAUGGACGAGUUCAACCUUCACUUGACAGGUGACAUCCACGCAAUCACUGCGGCCAACAACCUUUUGGCUGCCGCUAUCGACACUCGCAUGUUCCACGAAGCCACUCAAAAGGAUGGAGCGCUAUACAAGCGCCUCGUCCCCGCUAAGAAGGGCAAGCGUGAAUUCCAGCCCAUCAUGUUCCGUCGCCUGAAGAAACUUGGCAUUACCAAGACCGACCCGAAUGAACUCACCGAAGACGAGAUUCACCGUUUUGCUCGUCUGGAUAUCGACCCUGAAACCAUCACUUGGCGCCGUGUCCUCGACGUCAAUGACCGCCACCUCCGUGGAGUUACCAUCGGCCAGGCGCCUACAGAGAGAGGUCUCACUCGCCAGACUGGAUUUGAUAUCUCAGUGGCCAGCGAGUGUAUGGCUAUCCUAGCCCUCAGCAGCGACUUGGAAGAUAUGCGAGAGCGACUUGGAAAGAUGGUCGUUGCAACAUCGAAGAAUGGAGAUCCAGUCACUUGCGAUGACAUUGGCGCCGGCGGUGCUCUUGCAGCGUUGAUGAAAGAUGCCGUUAAGCCUAACCUGAUGCAGAGUUUGGAGGGUACGCCGGUGUUUGUCCACGCCGGUCCUUUUGCCAACAUUAGUAUCGGUGCCAACUCUGUUGUUGCUGACAGACUGGCGUUGAAGCUGGCUGGUACUGAACCUGAUGAAGACCACAACGACAAGACAGGUUUCGUGGUCACGGAAGCCGGAUUUGACUUCACCAUGGGAGGAGAGCGCUUCUUCAACAUCAAGUGCCGAUCCUCCGGACUGGUGCCAGACGUUGUCGUCGUUGUUGCGACUGUCCGUGCCCUCAAGGUUCACGGUGGUGGUCCAGAGAUCUCACCUGGUGCGGCUCUGCCUGAAGUGUACAGAACUGAGAAUGUGGAAAUCCUCCGCAAAGGCUGCAUCAACUUGCGCAAGCACAUCCAAAACGCCAAACAAUACGGUAUCCCCGUUGUUGUUGCCGUUAACAAGUUCGAGACCGACACCGAUGCCGAAAUUGCAGUUAUUCGCGAAGAGGCUAUUGCCGCGGGCGCCGAAGAUGCUGUCCCAGCGAACCACUGGGCCGAGGGUGGUGCCGGUGCUGUCGACCUCGCCAAGAGCGUCAUCACUGCCAGCUCGCAGCCCAAGGACUUCAAGCUGCUCUACGAGCUCGACGGUACAGUGCAGGAGCGCAUCGACAAGAUCGCACGGAUCAUGUACGGAGCCGACAAGGUCGAGUUCAGCGAGCUGGCGCAGAAGAAGGUGGACACGUACACCAAGCAAGGAUACGGAAACCUGCCUAUCUGUGUGGCCAAGACUCAGUACUCGCUCAGUCAUGACCCUGCUCUUAAAGGUGCUCCAACUGGCUUUACGGUGCCGGUUCGCGACGUGAGACUCUCUGCUGGAGCAGGAUACUUGUAUGCCCUUGCUGCCGAUAUCCAGACCAUCCCUGGUCUGCCUACGGCUCCUGGUUACUUGAAUGUCGAUGUCGACCCUGUGACCGGCGAAAUCGACGGACUUUUCUAG